UGAGGCAGAAGAAUCGACAAGAAGGCGCCAUGGGGGCCGUGCUGUCACGAUGGAAGACGAAACCAACCACAGUGGAGCAGCUGGAGAACCUGGACAAGGAGAUUAAGGAGCUGGAGGAGUUUCGAGCCAAAAACCAGCGACUCCAAAAGUUGUGGGUGGGCCGGCUGCUCCUCUACUCGUCCGUCUUCUACCUGCUGACCUGUCUGGUGGUCUAUUGCCUCUACCUGCCCGACCAAUGGCUUCACAGAUUGGCCAUGGCCCUGCCUUUCUUCGUCUACCCGGUGCUGGUGUGGUUCAUCCGGAAGUUGCUCAUUUUUCUCUUCUGCAAACGUACCGAGAGGAACAGUGACAUCCUGGAAGAAUUAAAGGUUACCCAAAAAAAGAUACUCGAAGAAGUGAUGGAAACGGAGACGUACAAAAAUGCCAAACUCAUACUGGAACGCUUCGACCCGGAAGCAAAGAAGAAAGCCGAGAUGGAGUCAACGCCAGUACGACCUCAGAUGACUCCCAGGCCUGGACAAGACAUUCGCCAGCGCGGCGUGGCCGUGAGCCCCCCGUGCACCCCCGCCGCCGUGGCGAUGACCCCCCCGCCCGGAGGCCGACCCGCGCCGGGCCCCGGGGCCGCACCUGUGGAACGUGUCCUUCUUUCAGCUCCAGGCGGACCGCCCGAGCGAGGCGCCCUGUCUGCCGCAGGCAGGAUCCCCUGCUCCCCUAUACCUGGUGUAGGCCUGCAUCCUCCCGGUCCUCCACUGGCGAGACCCGUUCUGCCCAGAGAGAGGGGGGCUUUGGACCGAGUGGUUGAGUACCUGGUGGGAGACGGGCCGCAGAACCGAUACGCCUUAAUCUGUCAGCAGUGCUUCUCCCACAAUGGCAUGGCCCUGAAAGAAGAGUUUCGAUACCUUGCCUUCCGCUGCGCUUAUUGCUACUUUCUGAAUCCGGCCCGGAAGACGCGUCCGCAGGCUCCCGUGCUGCCGGAGUUCAGCUACGAGAGGAGGCUGCGUGCCGAGUCGCCGUCCCCGGGACCGACGCCGCGCUCUGGCACCGACACGGAGGAGAGCGCGCCCCCCUCUGCAGCCAAGGCGCCGGCACCGUGGAGUUUGGUCCACAGUUUCCCUGUCCAGCAGAACCCUCAGAAUCAAGCUCGGCAGAGUCCAGACGAGCGAGAGCGGGGCGAAGACGGCCACGCUGAAGCCCAGGAGGCCGAGAGCCACGGCGAGGCGGAACGGGAGGAGCGAGAAGAGGUGGUCGAGGAAGAGGAAGACGGAGAGAAAGACGAGGAAGACAAAGAGAAAGACCAAGGCGUCAGCGCUCAUGCGCGUCAGCCUUCGUAGCUGCGCGGGAAAAAAGGUGUUUGCACUCGCCGCUACAGACCGUAGAAGCUAAAUGCUAAUCGGCACACGGAGGAUUAUUUGUGUCCGUGUUUAUUAUUAACAUUAUGAUGAAGUAUUUCAUGAGUGAGCUGUUUUAGCAAGUUACGACUCCUUCGUUUAAACCAGGAGUGGGCCAAGUAGGGCUCCAUUUAGCAUUUAUCAUGAGCAAGAGUGCUGUAAAAUUUCAUUAUUCAUAAUAUUCGAUGCCUUUUGCCCCAAAUUAGUCACAUUUCUGAUGAAAUAAUUGCCAAAUUUAUUCAUUGUAAUAAUCCAAUUAAACAAAUAAUAGAAAAGGAACAAUUUUACUUGUAUUUUAUUACAUUGUUGGUUAAUUUAUAAAAAUAUAAUAUAAAUUAUAUAUAUGUAAUUUAAUGGGGAAAAAAUUGAGAAUGAAUUAAUUUAUUAUUUAAAUCAAGUAAUUUACAUAUUUUACAUCUCCAUUUUACAAUUGAGCUGGCCCAUCUGUCCGUUGUGGCCCUUGAGCGCCAAAAGUUUGCCCAACCCUGGUUUCAACCGUAGCCUCGGUUAGCAUGUUAGCAUUUGACAGCCAACUCGUGAUAGUUUUACCUGCAGAACAAAAUGGAGGGGCAAUCACUUAAAUAGACCACUAGGCAAAUGUCUGUCUUAUUGUUAAUGUGGCUUGCAAACACAAACACAACGAUACCAAACCACACAGACAACAAAUGGUAGAAUCUUUACUAAAUUGCUUUGAUUUGUACUGGUCAUGUAUUCAUGGACCCAUGUUGCUGGGCAGAAGUGUUGAUACUUAAAAAAACAAAAACAAAGAAAAGAAAAAAAAGAAGUAGAGAAGCACCACACAAGAAAUUUGCUGUCGUAACCGAAGUUUAAUUGCUACCUAGCUAACAUCGAUUUUCAUUCUUCUUACCUCUUUUGAGCCAUUUUGUCACUAUUGUCACUACACAUUUCUUAUGCUGUACAAACUCACGAGAUUGUUGCCUUGACAACUUUGGGGGCAGACGCUUCCAGUGCCCCACACAGCGAAGAGAAAGGAUGGGGAGAGAAAGUAAAUUGCAGUCGCCUAGUUUAGUUUCAUAUGUGGUUCUUCAUAAGACUUUACAAUUUCAAUUUUUACCUGCAAACAUGGGUCAUUAUUCUUUUUCCUGGUAACGUGACAUGUUUUUGAGGUCACUUGUUGCCAGGCAGAAUUCGCUUAGUCUAAUAGCAUCAUCGCUUAAAUAAUCUUUCAAUGUUUUCAGAAAACAAGAAAAAAAAAAGAACAAAUUCAACGAACGGAGAAAACUUCCUAAAAUAUUAUUAGCAGCAUAUCGUUGACCCGUUGGCAAACAAAAAUUGGAUGACCUUUGCUUAUCGUCAUUUUUACUUCAUAUUUUGUCACUUUGUUAUCGAAAUGUUUGUGGCUAUUUUUGGAGCUUGUCAGCUAGGUCGCUUCACGAGCGCUGUUGCCGAUUUGACUUUUUAGCGAGCAGGACUUCGUCAGAGGUGACUUCAAACGCUGGCUUCAUCUGACACGCUUGCCCUUCCUCAAAGUGGUUGCCAAAUGUCUUCUUGACUGCACUUGCACUGAUUUUCUUCGUGUUUAUUUGGCCUUCAAACGUUUGCGGCACUUUGUUUGACGACGUCAGAAGAUGAGGUCCGAUUAGUUUGAAGCUGGCUUUUUUUAACGACAGCGGCGAAAAAAUAUCGACGACGUCAUGGGUGACUAGUUGACGUCAACUCAACUUCCAUCACACGCGUGUCGACUUUAAAAAAAAUAUCAAGUUUUGCAACCCCCGACGCUGCCAUAGAUGGAUGAACAGAUACAUUAUUUGAAGUAAAUAAAGAAUCAUUUUCGGCCCAAUUAAGUGAAAUUCAAUUGUAACGCGCCGCAGCACAGUGCUUGGGAAUCACUGCUUUAAAUCUACUGGAGUGAUUGAUGCAAUUUCACUUCAACGACUUAAUGCUUCAACUUUGAAAUAUGUGUUAGUAUUGAAUAUUUCAAUGACCUCAAACUUGUCUCUUGUGUUGGCCACCGCACUGCUGGUUUUCAUGACACCGUGGCCGCUAAAAUAAAAGUUUUUCAGCUAUAA